AUGAAUGGUCAACGAGGUGAUGACUUGGACGAUGACUUCGUGCCGGAUGAACUCGUCGCUACCUCUGGCGAGGAAGACAAUGGUCUAGGCGACGAUAUAGGUGGUCUUCUAAGUGCAGAUGAGGAUGCCGAGGAAGCGGAGGUUCAUACCAAGGAGAAAACAACGACAGAAAAGAAACGCAAGCGGAGAGAAAAGGAAAAGGAGCGCAAGAUCAAGAAGAAGAAGUUAGCAGAAACAGUCGAGGUUAUCGAGCCUCUUUCAGUGGCAGCGCAACCUGCUCACAAACUCGCAGACUAUGUCUCAUCUAUGCAAGUCAAGGCUUUCCCUGCAAUGUCUGGGAUAGAACUCGGUGACGUCUUGAUACCCGAAUCAUCGAUUGCGGAUACGACGAUAUGGACGGGGUCGAGAUCGUUAGACAAUCUGGUUGAAUUCAUUAUUGAAGUUCUUCCGACACUACACACCCGUCUGUCGCAAAGGUCCAAAGUGGCUGGAGCUCCCACAUUGCUAUUCAUAGCGGGAGCUGCACUCCGGGUCGCGGAUGCGACCAGAGUUCUCAAAGAUAAGAGACUGCGUCGUGAGAAGGGUGCAGAUGUAGCAAAGUUGUUUGCGAGACACUUUAAGCUGGAAGAGCACGUUUCUUAUCUCAAGAGGUCAAAAAUUGGUUCUGCUGUUGGGACUCCUGGAAGAAUUGGCAAACUACUAUGUGAAACCGGUGAGCUAGAUACUAUCUUGGAAUACCACGCCCUUGUGGUGUCUCAGCUCACACACAUUAUCCUGGAUCUCUCAUAUCGAGACCCAAAGAACAGAAACUUAUUAGAUAUCCCGGAGACUCGGGACGAAGUAUUCCGAACCGUUCUAGGGGCACCAAAGGUACUCAAGGGCAUUCAGGAAGGGAAAAUCCAACUGGUGCUUUUCUAG